AUGUGCUCAAGGGGGCAGGCUAGUCAGGGCCCCCUCACCCCGACUGCGGAGGCCACGGCCUUGACCUUCCGCAGCACAGGCUGCGCCCGCAGUGUCAGUACUCGCCAGAAGGUCCAUGCCGCUUCAUUCUGUGAGGCCGAACAGACCCCCUCUUCUCUUUCAAACCCCAGAUCCUUAGCCGCUCUUCUGAGCCGAGCUGCUCUGAAAGACGCCAUGGGAACCGGUCAUGUGCAGAGUUUGCUCUUCCUCCUCCUCCUCCUCGGGGCCCCCUCCUUGGCCUCCGAACCUGAUUUCUACUGUCACAAGGGCGUAUCGAUGAGCAUAGUAAAGGACCCAAAGAGAACGUUUAAUUGGACCACCGACAAAGUUGAGACUUGUGACAGUGGGUCAUUCUGCCAGGAAUCCCUUUUGAUGAUUAAAUCAGGGGCCAAGACAGCCAUUUUGGCCACUAAGGGCUGCGUCUCGGAGGGGACACAGGCGAUAACGUACAUCCAGCACUCCCCACCGCCAGGCAUCAUCACAGUCUCCUACAGCAGCUACUGUGAGGAGUCCUUGUGCAACAGCAAGGAGAACUUACUGCAACUGUGGAGGGAGGAAGAGCCCCAAGCUGCCAGCAGGUCAGCACACCUCUACUGCCCAACCUGCGUGGCUCUGGGGGCCUGUUCAAAUGCUCCUUCUCUUCCCUGUCCCAAUGAUACAGUUCAGUGCUAUCAAGGAAGACUUCAGAUCACUGGAGGAGGCAUCAACUCACUUUUGGAGGUCAAAGGCUGCACUUCUGUAACUGGCUGCAGACUGAUGUCUGGGAUCUUUACAGUAGGGCCCAUAUGGGUGGAGGAAGUCUGUCCAUACCGGUCUGUACUUCAACCCCGAAAGAUUGAAAACCGGGCUGCCUGGCUUCCUGUUUACAUUUGGAGAUUAGAGCUAGUGCUGCUGCUAUUACUACAGUGA